AUGACUAUCGACGGCUCGGAGCAGACCAGUGCCUCAACCAUACCAGAAAAACCAACAAAUGGUGUGCAGGUACCGGUAGUUGAGAAUGUUAAGAAGACAAUCGAGCCGCUACUCAAGGAGCCACAGAAGUCCGGCUACCCGAGGUCAACCCUUAAACUAGAGCAGCGACACAUAGACGAGCCAAGAGAGUUAAGAGUUGCCGUCAUUGGUGCAGGACUUUCUGGAGUCUUAGCUGGGAUUCUUCUUCCUGCGAAGGUUCCGAAUCUUAAGCUGACAAUAUUCGAGAAGAAUGCCGACGUGGGCGGUACAUGGUUUGAGAAUAUAUAUCCAGGUGUGAGAUGCGAUGUGCCAGCACAUGUGUACCAAACCAGCUUUGCGCCGAAUGUCAACUGGUCAGAGCAGUUCGCACAGGGCCGUGAGAUUAGGGAUUAUUGGCAAGGACUCGCUCGAAAAUAUGAUGUGUACCAAUACCUCAAAUUCUCUCGGAAGGUGGAAGAAUUACGUUGGGACGAGAAGAAAUACAUAUGGACCGUAAAAACUCAGGACGUUAAAACGGGGGAGGCCUUUGGUGAAGAGUUCGAUUUCGUACUGACGGCCCACGGUCGUUUUAAUGCUUGGAAGCUGCCCGACUAUCCCGGAAUCAACGACUCCAAGGGCUUACUUCGGCAUGCUUCCAACUGGGACCCCAACUUUGAUCCUACCGGGAAGCGGGUUGCGAUCAUAGGCAAUGGAGCAAGCGGUCUCCAGCUCACUGCUAAUAUCCAAAAACGUGUGCAGCAUCUAGAUGUUUAUGCUCGGAAUAGGACGUGGGUCGCGGCGUCUUUCGCCGGCGACGAGACUUCCAUUGAGCCUAUCCCCAUAUCUUCCGAGCUCCAAGAAUCUUUCAAGGACCCGGCCAACUAUGUUAAAUUUCGAAAGGAGUUGGAAUCCAAAUAUUGGAGAGGAUUCUCUAGUUGGCUUAAGGGAUCCGAGUUGAACGAGAAGUCUCGGCAAGAAUUUAUUGAGAUUUCUAAGAAGCGUUUGGCUAAGAAGCCUGAACUUCUCGAAAGCAUUAUUCCCGACUUCUCACCUCACUGUCGACGACUUACUCCUGGACCUGGUUACUUUGAGGCUAUUACGGAGGACAAUGUUGAGUAUAUCCAGACACACAUAAAACGUUUCACUGAAACCGGUAUCGAGACUGUCGACGGUAAACACCGUGAGGUCGACGCCAUUUACUGUGCCACGGGAGCCAAUGUCGAUAUGGUCCCUCCAUUCGGUAUUUGGGCACACGGCAAGAACCUCUCCGAGCUUUGGCAACAAAACGGCGAGUAUGGCUUCCCAUACACAUACCUCGGUGUCGCAACACCCGGUUUCCCCAAUUUAGGUUUUAUUCAUGGACCUCACGGGUCUGGCCGUUCGGGGACCGUCCCGCAUAGCGUGGAGGUCCAGGUCACGUUCUGGGCGAAGCUAUUACGCAAGUUCGGUCGCGAGGGCAUCAAGACGAUCCAGCCGUCGCGUAAGGCCGCUGAUGACUUUGUGGAUUAUUCGGAUGCUUUCUUCGAGACCACUGUGUUAUCCGAGAACUGCAGCUCUUGGUAUAAUAGUGGUCGACCCGGAAGCAGGAUACAUGGUCUCUGGCCCGGGAGCGCAACGCAUGUAACAAUUAUCUAUCGCGAUCCGCGUUGGGAGGAUUGGGAGUACGAAUAUCUCGGGGAGAGCGGGAAUGGGUUGGCUUGGUACUUCGGUCUCGGAAAUACUAAGAAAGAACAGGAUCUUAGCGUUGACAUUACGCCGUACAUUCGCGACCCAGCUACUAUCGACUUAAGGGAUGUACAUGAAAGUUGGUGGGACUUACCUUGA